UUCUUUCAACCAUCUCCCUCAUCGUCGCAGAAGUUUUCGAACCAUCUACGAAGAUGAGAGCUAAGUGGAGAAAGAAGCGCGUUCGCCGCCUCAAGCGUAAGAGAAGAAAGAUGAGGGCUAGAUCCAAAUAAAUGACUCGCCCCGCUUCAUCUCAGCUUUCCGUGUCGGAGCUCUAGUUGAACGCUGAACAUGACAACUCGACGACGUCACGAUUAUGAUUUCUUCUGUUCGUUUCGUGGUCCGGUCACUCCAACGACCCCUGUCUGGCCUAUUUUCUCCUGCCCUCCCGAUCGAAUUCGGAGCCUUUCCGUCCAACAACAAUCCCUUUCUUCCAAUCCCGUGGGCUCAUUUAAAACGUUUUCGAUUUGAUUCUCAGACCAGGCGGUGGGAUGCGAUGGUGCCUCGGUAUCCUGUCGUGUCUUUGUUACGGGGGACGAACGUGUUUGGUGGGGUUGGAGGGGUCGUGGAAAAAGUUUCCUGAAAACAUCACUCCUGUACUAUCUGAUUGUUUAUCCACCGAUCCUUUGAGUUUCGCAUGGGGACUGGUCAAUUGCUUAAGCCUGGGUCUGGGCGGGGAGCUCCUAUUGCAGGGUUUCUUGUGCAGGUCCAGGCUAUGAAGAGGUUUACGAGCAUUUAUCACAAUAUGAAAAGUUCCUAACGAUUCACUAUUUCUCCACAUUGUAAAAGUAGCUGUGUAAAAAGAUCUACCAACGGACAGGACUUAGCAUGUCAUAUCAGUAGAGCUCUGCCAUGCGACUUCUGGACUUGUUCUGUGCGUUUGCGCCUCUCCGCCUAUAGGGCGGUGAAGCAAUUAUGCCGCGCAUCAAUUUUUUUUGCGUCCGACUUUUCUGCUCCGCCAUUUGACGCUUCUCCGCAUCCAAUCUUCUCCCUACGCCAAACAUCAUGCCCUCCGACAAAGUGGAAAAGAAGCGCAAGCGCGACUCGGAUCGUCAUGAACGACCCAGCAAGAAGCCCGCUCUGGGGCUGCAUGAUCUGCCUCCGCUGGCCGCCAGCGUCGUGAACGACGACAGCGAGCUGGCUCCCGUCCUCAUCACUACCCCCGGUGUCAACGCUCCCCGAAACAUCAGCCUCAAGCCCUACCUCAAGACCCGCACCGAUGGCUCCGACCCCUCGACCCGCAACAAGGGCAUCUUUUCGAGCGAACUGCUGCUGCAGACCUCCGACCACCCGAAGAUGGACUUUGUCGGCCGCGAGGGCAAUGAGGACGCCGAUUCACAGGUUAAGCACUACGUUGCGGUGAUCGAUCCCCAAAAGCAAACUUGGCAGUUCAUUGAGGCCCGCAAGAUUACUCUGCGCGGUGCCGUGCGGUCGACGAAAUAUGUGGCUGAGGAAGAGGAGGAGGAGAGCGAGGAUGAAGAAAUGAAAACCAUGCGUGCCCAGCGCACCGAACUCACCAACACCUUCGGUACCAAACAAUCCCGCAAGGCCGCGCAGUCCUUGGCCGAGAACGCCCAGCUGUCCAGCGUCCCUGCUGGUGCUGCCUCCGCCGCCGAAUCUGCCAUGCUCUCCUCCAUGCCGGCCGAUUCCGCCGCCGACCUCGCCUCGAAGACGGCCGCCGUGCAGGCCCAGAUCCAGGCCGCCAAGCCGCUGCCCCAGGCCAACCUCGAAGCCUCGCAUCCCUCGGACGUGUACCCUAUCGAGAACCUCGUCCCCGGUGGCAUGGCCACCCUCCGCCAACUGCCCGGCGUCAAGGAGUGGCAGGACACGGUGGCCGCGGGACUCAGUGUGGUCACCACCUCUCGGUACGUGUCGCGCCGUCUCGACGCCGUCGUCACCUCCGGCAACAUCGCCCAGAUCCAGGUCCUGCGCUUCAUCUUCCUCCUGCUGGAAUUCGGCCGCUCGCUACGCUCCGGCCGCGACCCCAAGAGCUCCGGCGGCCCGGGAGGCAAACGACUCCCUCCGCGGGACGAUCUUCGCCAUAUCCUCUCCUCCUCUACCGGUGCCUCCUCUUCCACCGACCCCUCCUCCAAAUCCUCCUCCACAUACUCCGGCGAAACCAUCCCAGACUCAAUCAUCGACGCCAUCCGCCGCAAAUUCGCCCCUCAAGGCUCCUCCCUCUCCAAGAAUGACCUCACGCUCCUCCACACCACCAUCUGCGCCCUAUCGCUGCACAUCCCCCCUCAGCCCGCCAAAGACGGCGGCUCCAGCUCACAGGGCGGCAACUCGCCCAACGAACUGGCCACCGACCCGGCCGAUAUCCGCGACGACCUGCGUGUCGAAACCGGCACUAUCCUGCAGUAUUUCCGGGAGUUGGGCUGCCGCAUCGAUAAGCCGCGCGAGUCGGAGUUCGCCAAAUGGAAUGUUAAGGCCGGGAAGGCCGAGGCUUCCUCUAGAAAGAUCGCUAGACUUAGAGUGCCGGUCGAGUUUCCGAGGGUGUCGAGGGGUGGUGGGAGGAGGUAGUUUUCUUUUUCUAGCUUAGCUUUUCCUUUCUUUGAUGUGGUUGGUGUGAUUUGUAAAAAAUUAUGAAUAGGGGAAGAAUGAAUGAAUUGAGGAAAUAGAUAGUCUACGAAAGGAAGGUAGUGACUGAGAAAGAGAG